AUGAUAAAAAUUACAUUAGAAGACAACUCAUCAUUCGAAAUUAAUAAAAUUGAAAACAAGAAUGGUAGGAUACUGGAUGAAAACAAAGAUAAAAUUAAGAUACCAAUGAGCUAAACUUUCUUUCUUAAUCAUGAAAAAUAAGUUCAAAAAGAAAAGGUAAAGUAUUUUUAAGAUGAACUUAACGAAGGAUAAGUAAUAAUUAUUGCCAAUGAUCUCGGCUAACAACCUUUUUAGAAUAAGUAAACACAAUCUCAAUAGAUUUAAAAGGAUUCAACAUCGAAUAAUUCCUCUACUACUUAGAAAUAAAACAGUCAAAAGUAGUAAUUCAAUGAAUCUGCUGGAAGUAUUGAAGAUUUAAAAAAUCAAGACAAUUUAUUAGAAGAUUAUAUCCAAAUAGAGGAUUAUCAUUAUUAAAACACAGCAGAUAAUAAUGACAUUUUGGAAAUAUAAGAAUCUUUUGCUCUAAAUGAGAGAAUAAAAGCCUAAAUUAAAAUGAAAGUUCCUCAUUAGUAAAAAUUUGAUUCAUUAUUAGAUUAAAAAAACAAUUUAUGA